ACCUCUUGGUGAAGGGUCUUUGGUUGAAUGAGCAGCUGAACAACAUUUGGUCAACGUGAAAAAUCUGCCCUGCUGUCGCUGGACACUAGCUAGCUGAUGACUGACGAUAAGGAACGGGCUAUGCGGAAGCUCCAACAGGAAGUCCAGCUAAAAAGUUGACUAAGCUAGGUAGCUAGCAAAGCAGCUCGUACGGCUGUAAUGUACCGAAGAGAAUAGCUGGAUAUUUGGCUAAAUGACAGCACAGUGAAGAGACGCCGGCUGCUUUGGCGGAUGAAGUAGGGCAGAAAGGGCGGCGUUAUCCGUUCCGCCACAAAUGACCGUAGCCUGUAUCAGUAGGGGUGUGCGCGAGCGGUCCGAGCCGAGCUAACGUUAACGUCAACUGAGGAAAGACGGAGAUAAACAUACAAGAUGGAGGACUCUAGUAGCAGCAAGCCAUUUAUGGUGACAUCCUCACUAAACUUCAAAGUUACCACACCAUCGUUCUACAAUCAGCCAAAGAAGUUUGCCUCAGUGGCACCACCACGGCCCAAAAGUCAGACGCCUCCCACAGCUCCAUCACCAACCCCAGCCAGCACAGCUGUGAUUGGUCGAGUGGGAGAUCUGCCUCCACCACCCCCAUCAAUGUGUGAUGACUUCCCACCUCCCCCUCCUCCUCCAUUGGAUGAGGAUUUGCCAGCCCCUCCCCCUGAAUGCCAAAUCACACCCCCUGCCUCUGAUGCCCCCGCUCCCGCCUUCCCUGCUCCACCUCCAGUGGCAGAUGACCUGCCCCUCCCAGCUCCUCCUGAGGAGAUUGCCUGUGUGCCCACCUGCCCCUCUCCCCCUCCUCCCCCACCUCCUCCACCACCCCCUGUUUCUGGCACCAGUAUCCCCAGUGCUGCUGGAACCCCACAGAGACUGAUGGAGAAGCAGACAAGCUUUGAUAUACAGCUUGACUCUCUGACUGACUUGCUGUCUGAGAUGGAGACCAGGGGACCUUUCAACCCAAAGUUACCAAGCCAGUAUUCUUCAGCACCAGCACCCAAACCUGCAGCUCCUCCCCCGACUGCACCAAAACCAGCCCUCUCCUUCCUCCCACCUCCAGAGAUGGGAGACCGUCCGCCUCCUGCACCCUGGGCAGAAGAACUCAAAGCCAGAACAAACCGGCAAGCCAAUCACAAUUCUGCACCAAACUCUGCCGCUCAGCCUUUUGCCAAGGCUCCGGCUAUGGCCCCUAAAUCUGGUUUUGCAGGGAAACCCACAACUUCAUCAGCAUCUUUGGCACAGAAACUGAACCAGAACCUGAACCAGAACCAAACCCCAAUCAGCAGUGCUCAUAAACCUUCCCCUCCUUCAGCCACCAGCUCUUUCCCUCCACCUCCCGCAGCUCCCCCUGCACCUUCCACUCCUCUGAACAAAAUGGCUGCUGCCCCACCUUCCAAUCACAUAAAGAGCUCUCCUUUUGGCAGUCAGGCGAAUGCAAACCUAAACCCUCCUGCUGCUGCACCUCCUCCUCCACAACCCAAGACGAUGGCACCUCCUGCUUCAUCUUUUAACCAGCCAAUGAAAACUCCCCCUGCAUCAACGCCCUCACCACCUGGACCAGUGUCUAUACCAGGUGGAGGCGUUCCUCUGAAUAUGAGGGAGGUAGAGGAACUGGAGAGAAUGACCAAGGACUUCAUCAAAGACAUGGACACACAUGCACCUGUCAUCACCUCCCCUCCCACAGAGGUUUGUGGGAAGUGUGGUGAAGCUCUGUCCCGUACACAACCAGCCGUGAGAGCCAUGGACAAGCUCUUCCACUCCAACUGCUUCUGUUGCAUGAGCUGCCAUCGCCCCCUGCAGGGCAUGCAGUUCUACGACAGGGAUGGCUCUCCUCAGUGUGAAGACUGCUAUAUGAAUUCCCUGGCAGUGUGUUCCAGAUGUGGGGAGAGGAUCACUGACCGUGUGCUGAAGGCAGUGGGCCAAUGUUUCCACGCCCAUUGUUUCCGAUGCAGCACCUGCUCUUGCAUACUUGAGGGAGCGCCCUUCAUCACUGAUGACAACAACAACCCCUAUUGUGUCCAGGAUUAUCACAGGCGUUUCUCUCCAUUGUGCGUGAGCUGUAAUGAGCCCAUUAUUCCAGCUCCAGGCAGUGAGGAGACAGUCAGAGUGGUGGCUCUUGACAAAAACUUCCACCUCAAGUGUUACCGUUGUGAGGAUUGUGCUCGCCCACUCUCCAUAGAAGCAGAUGAAAAUGGCUGCUAUCCAUUGGAUGGUAAGAUCCUGUGUAUGAAGUGCCACACCCACCGAGCCAAGCAGGCUGCGCAGUGAUUGGUGGAAGCACCUGCCACUCAGUUUAACUAUGAACCAAAUCCAAAAGCACAGGAUCCAUUGAGCUGCCGUUUUGCCUUCGCAACAGGGCUUUAUGUGUGCGCGCAGGUGUGAGUGUGAAUGUAUUGUGUGAAAAGGUCUGUCUGCAUGCAGACAUGGUGUAGUAUUCCCCCAUCUUUGUUCACUCCACUUCAGUGCAGAAGUAAUGUACUGCAUUGAAAUAGACUUCUUUUCCCAAUCAUCAUUCUCAAAUCUCUGUUCUAGCCUUCUCUGUGUGCUAGAAUGUACUUUUUCUGUGCCAAUUGUAUGUUUACGCUAAAAUAUUCAGCAUAACUUGCACAAGAAAAGUUUGGUCAAAAGAGCAGUCUGAUGAAUAUCCAGUUGCCUUUCUUCAUCAGUCUCUAUAUAGUUUGUAGCACCAUGUACUGAGAGAUCUCCUUCAUUACUGACUGCUCUAUUUACCAUUCUAACGGACGAGUGGGUGGUAUCAGGAGCCAUCUAUCUGACCAUUCCUCAGAUUUCACCCCUCUGAUUGGCUGUUUGUAGCUGGUAUGACAAACGUUGAACACCAUGGCAGCAAUUGUGCCUGUGAGCAUGGCUGAUGAUGCUUUCCUUCCUAGAAAAUGCUGUGUAUCAGCCAAUCAACUCCGAUAGCAUUUUAAAGUCAUCUAGGGCUAUAACUUGACUGCAAAAACAAAAACAAAAUGGUGAAUGUUGCUCUUCUGUGAUGUGAAUUUGAUCAUUAAGAGGCAUGUAUACAAUUGUCUUGUUGCUCUUUUUACUGAGUCAUUGCCGUACGGGCAAGAUUAGAAUGAGAGUUGGCCAUUACCUCUCAAACAAUAGCUUUGAGCUGAUUUAACAGUAUUUUUAGAUGCAUGCUUUCUGGGUGCAAAUCAUGAACAAAACAGUCAAGCACAGAUUUACCAAGCACAGAUUCAGUUCGUUGGAUCUAAAAAAAAAAAAGUGUAGCUAUAAAUGUCAGCUGCAUGGCUGAAAACAGGACCUAUUAUGUGACCGUUGCACCGUUUGUAGUGAAGU